CAUCGUUUUGAGUUUUUUUCUGCCAAUAACAAGUGAUUUUUGUUGUUGCAGUCCAGCCCGCAGAUUGAGAAAUUUCUGCUAUGAAAACAGGAAAACCAGAGAUUUCCCAAGCCCCUAGACCCACAUAACACAAAAAACGAAAACAAUGGCCAAGUUGAAGAAGCUUCACAUGAGCUCUAAUCUGGAAGAGCUGGAGAAGUUGUCCAUCAUUCCGGAUCUGCGCAACAAGGGCAUGAAAAUCCUGCUGAACACCGCCCGCAAGCUGUACAUGACGGCCGAGGAAUACAGACUGGAUGGCGACGAGGAACUGGCCUACAUCACCUACAUGAAGUACUUCAACAUGCUGACCGCAAUUCACAAAAAGUCCGAUUACGCCAGCCACAAGUCGACGGUGCGCCAAAUGUUGGGCGACACCGAGUCGAAUCGGCGCAUUAUGGACACACUGGAGGUGAUUAUCAACUCCCUGCGGCAGCGUUAUGCUCAGCAAUACCAGCCGGCAGAACAAAUUGCUUCCGAUCAGGUGAGCAAUGGUCGAGGAAGCGUAGAGGCGCCGGCUCCACAGCCCACGGACUAUGCCCGAAUGGGGCUGAUCACCUGCCAGGAGCUGUUCCAGCGCAUGCAGGCGAAAUCGGUCCUGGUCAUGGACUGUCGGUCAAGCGCCGAUUACGAGGCUUCCCACCUCACCUACUACUGUUCAUUCAAUGUGCCCGAGGAGCUUAUAACACUGGGGAUGUCGGCUGGCAGACUGCAGGCUCGACUCAGCAGCAGUGGCAAGGCAUCGUGGGCUUCGCGUUCCGUCAAGGACUCUGUGGUUCUUAUCGAUUGGAACACCAAGGAUGCACAACCGGCGGCGAAUUCCGCCAUUGCCACACUACUGGACAUCCUGAAGAAUUGGGACCCGGAUGUGACGUACCGCGCCCCCAUUCAGAUCGUUGAGGGAGGCUACGAGUACUUCAUCAUGAUGUACCCCACCCACUGCACCAACCCCAGUGUGCAAGCGCCUCAGCAGAACAACAAUGACAUCGAUACUAUUGAUGACAUCGAGUAUCCCUCAAUCAACGACAUCACCAUGAAGGAGGACAUCAGUGCGAAGGACUUCAAGCCACGACCGGACAUCAAUCGGGCCAACAAGCCGGCGGCUUCGCGCACCUACGAUCGAGGAGUGGCCAGGCCUCCUUCACAGGCCAAGCCCAUAGCCGAGAUCAUGCGUGAUCAGGCGGAGUUUCUGCAGCGGGCGGAGCAGAAUGAUCAGCAGCUGGAGAAGGCCUCCCAGAUGUGGAAGCGGCAGGCGGCCGAGGGCGAUGCCUUGAAUGCAUCCGAAGGGCAGGAAUUACACUUUAGAAUCCUGCAGCUGGAAAGCAAGGCACAGGACUAUAUAGUUGAAAACAAUCGAUUGCGAGAAGAGCUAAGUCGCAUACAGGAGCAGCAGAAUGCUUCGCAGCAACUUACGCAAAAUGAAGUUGAGGCCACAAGGAACAUCGAAUCCAAGAUCCGGGAGCGUCAACGGUUGGAUGAACAGCACGAGCUGGAGCGCAAGGAGCGCGAGCGGUUGCUGGAGAUCGCCCGCGAGACGAAAAAGCAUUACAAAUCACCCCAAACUCCGAGUCCUCCAUCGCCAAGCAGAGAUUUGGAGAACACACAGGAUCUUUCCGACAGCCUGGAAUCUCUUCUCCACCUGACCACCGAGGAUCCACCGCUUGCCGACAACAAGGUGGAUAAGCCCACAUUCGAUAGGGCGAUGAAACCGCAGCCAAGGAGUGUGGAGAGAACAUCGCAACGGGUCCGGGAUUUCUCGCCCGUAAUGGGUCAGAAUGUGGGUCGCGGAUUGACGGGUCUCAAGAACCUGGGCAACACGUGCUAUAUGAACAGCAUCUUGCAGUGUCUCAGCAACACGCCUCAGUUGACGGAAUACUGCAUCUCGGAUAAAUACAAGAACUAUAUUAGCAGAAGUAACAAGACCAAUGGCCAGGUGAUCGAGGAGGUUGCUGCACUUAUUAAGGAGCUAUGGAAAGGCCAGUAUAAGUGUGUGGCCAGCCGGGAUUUAAGAUAUGUCGUGGGUCAGUACCAGAAGAUCUUUCGCGGCGUUGACCAGCAGGACUCGCACGAGUUUCUCACCAUCCUGAUGGACUGGCUCCACUCGGACCUCCAAACGCUGCAGGUGGCCCGUCAGCGCGAGCUGAUCAGUGCCUCGGAGAAGGCUUGGUUGGAGUUCACCAAGGCCAAGGAGAGCAUGAUUCUGCAUUUAUUCUAUGGUCAGAUGAAAAGCACUGUCAAGUGUGUGGCCUGUCACAAGGAGUCGGCCACGUACGAGAGCUUCUCGAAUCUCAGCCUGGAGCUACCGCCCAACUCGAAUGUGUGCCAGCUGAACCAGUGCAUGGACAUGUACUUUAGUGGGGAGCGCAUACACGGCUGGAACUGUCCAAGUUGUAAAACCAAAAGGGAUGCAAUCAAGAAGCUUGAUAUAUCGAAGCUGCCGCCAGUACUUGUGGUGCAUCUAAAGCGAUUCUAUGCAGACCCCAGCAAUUCGGGUGCCUACAUGAAGAAGCAAAACUAUCUGCGCUUCCCCCUGGAAAAUCUAGAUAUGAAUCCUUACAUUGCCCGGGCGGAAUCACGGGCGGUUACGCCUAAGACCUAUCAGCUCUACGCCGUUUCCAAUCACUACGGCACCAUGGAGGGCGGCCACUACACCGCCUUCUGCAAGAGCGCCAACUACGGAAAGUGGUUUAAGUUUGACGAUCAGGUCGUCUCGACUCUGGACUCUUCGAACGUCGUCUCCAGCGCGGCAUACAUUCUCUUCUACACUUGGCUACCGCCCAUGCAGGUUCCUCUGUAGGCACUUCGCUCGAUUUCUUUUUAGCUUUUGACUUUUCACUUUUCAUUUUAAUUGUGUUUUUGUUUUUAUUUCACAUUUUUAUAGUUUCUAAGGUCUAGUCGCCACGCCUUUUUAUCAUUUACCAAUUACCAUUUAACUGUUGCUAUUUAAGAGGAUAAUCGCAUGUUUGUUGUUGUCUAGGCGCUUAGGUCGAAUGGAUGGAUAGUAUUAUGCAUGGGGGCGUAUUUUCUAUGAGUGCGGGUUGCACUCACUUAAACCGAGAACUUCAAGUGCAUUACCAGUAUAACAAAGAGAGGAUCAUAUAUACCCUCGUAUAUGUGGGACUAUAGUUUAUUGUAUUUUGCAAUUAUAUUUUCAAACCAAAUAAACGAAAUUAAAUUUCUGA